CACAUAGAUAUUACUGUAGCCUAUUCAAUAUUGUCAUAGUAUAGCCUACUGUUUGAACAGGUAGUAAACAAAAACAUCAUUACUGAAAAUAAUAACGGAAAUACAACCUGCUCAUCUAUGACGACAAUACAGGGGUAAAAGUAAAAUAAGUGCUGGUUUUCGAUCAGUAGAAGUGCUUGCUUUAUGGAAACCCUCAAGGAGCAGUGGGAAGUCACUCCAGCCUGUUUCCCCCUUUUCUUCAGGGAGGUUCUUUAACUUCACACUUUAUCACACACAGUAUCAACACGGGGAACGACGGACACACUGUAAGGUGGACUGAAAUAUUUCAACCAGCAGAGUCACUCAACACUAAACUAGGGCAGACGUUGAGUCGCUAAUGGAUCGAUUCAAAGACCUGGAUUUGGAGUGUGAUGGAGCAGGUGUAGCAGAAAAAGCAGCGUUAUUCAGUGGGAUGUUCAAAACAUCCUUCAGGUCUACAGAAUCAUCUGUCCAAGCAAAGGACAGUUUAUCAGCCGAAGGUGAACUGUCAGAGAGCAACGAUAGUUUGACUGACAAGGAGAAAGGUGGACUGUUUCCAGGAAAAUUUAGGAAGACGACCAAAGCUGCUAAAGAGGCCCAGCCACAGGAGGCAGGAGGGAUGUUCAGUGGGAUGUUUAAAAAAUCCCCAAAGCCUUUCAGAGCGAAGCCACAAUCUCAGGGUGAUUUGUCUGUACCUAGCGAGCUCUCAGGCAGCAACGACAAUCUUUCUGACAUGAAUGAACUUGCCGAGGUGAAGCUGAAUCCGUUUCGAUCUGCAAACAAAUCGCAGACAUGCUCAGAUGACGAGGAUCCACCUGCGAGCAGCGAGAUGUCAUCAGGGGACAAACAGAGCGCCACGGGUGCCAUGUCCAAACUGAAUCUGUUCCGCUCUGCAAAUAAAAGAGAGACUGAAGAGGCACUCAAGGAGAACGAGAAACACGUGGAAGAGAAGCCAAAAGCAGUCAAAAGCAACAUGAUCCAGCAAGAGAGGAAGGAAAGGAGUGCAACGCCACCAGUCCCACGCAGACCAACAGAAGAGGAGAUGAAGCGGGCAUCCACAUACGACAAAGUAAAACCAAGAGGAACUGAGGAUAAUCAGGAUUUCAAGGACAUGAUUUCCAGAGAGAAACAAGCAAGACCUGCAGACACUCCUGUCGUUCCUGCCAGACCUUCAGAGGAGGAGCUGAAUAGAGCAGCCAGACCUGGUCUUCAAAAGCAAAAGAGCAACCAGGCUCCGUUUGAUAAUGAAGGGUUGAAAGAAGAUGAUUCUUCAUCUAAAGAGGAAAAGAAAGAGGAGGAGGACAAGGACAAAACAGAGGAGACCAAUGUCAAGAAACCCAAGAGACACAAUCCCUUCAUGCCUCGUGUCAAGGGCAGAGUCAUACAGAGGCAAGCACAGGACGGAGCUGCAGGCAACACAGAGGAGAAUGAAGGUGGAAACAGGUCCCUGUUUGACAGGCUGGAGGACUUCCGUAUUGACCCAGCACAGCCUGAAGGCGGACAGGAUGUAGACAAUCUUAUGGAGUGGUGGAACUCAGUGGAGUCUUGGGAAGACGCGCCUCAAGAUGAUGAUAUGACAGAAAAAGAAGAGGCCAAGGCGUUUGCUGUGACGGCAGAUAAGGUGCAGAAGGGCAUCCGGGUCUUCAACAAACUGUUCUCUGAGCGCGCCGAGAGCCUCUGGCAGCACGUCAUUGACCUCAACAGCAUCGCCGACGGCCUGGACAAAUUCAGCAAGAACACAAAGAUCGCUCAAAUCACCGGCGGCUCCACCAGCGCCAUCGGGGGCGUAGCCACCAUCACAGGCCUCGCUCUGGCCCCGUUCACCAUGGGAGCUUCUUUGAUUGUGACGGCGGUGGGAUUGGGCGUCACCACGGCAGGCGGUUUGACAUCAGCUGGUGCCGGCAUCUCCAGCCAGGUCAACAACUCGAUGGACCGCAAGAAGGUGGAGAAGAUUGUGCAAGAUUAUCAGGAGAAGAUGGUUGACCUUAACAAAUGCCUGACAUUCAUCAAGCAGGGUAUCGAGAACCUGAAGAAAUUCAACCUGAUGAAGAUGAAAAAAAACGCAUUCAACCGCGACUUCCCUGCGCUCACCAGUAGUGUCUACGAGGAUGGUGCCAUGGCAGGAAAGGCGAUCGUCAUCAAUGCUUUUGAGAUCAUGCGCGUGGUGCAGAUCGCCAACGUGGCGGGCAGCACAGCAGCCAGAGCUGUCCAGAUCGCCAGCAUGGCCACUGGUGUACUUACCGGACUCUUUGUAGGUAUGGAUAUAUACUUUGUGGCCAAAGACUCCAAAGAACUCAAGAAAGGGGCCAAGUCAGAGUUCGCUGCCAAAAUCAGAGAGGUGACUAUGCAGCUGCACGAGGGUCUGGUGGAGCUCAACGGGAUACGAGGGGAGCUGCAGUCCACCACGCCAGAAAACAACACAGGCAAUCAUACUGCUGCUUUGGACAGUAACAAGAAAGAGAAAGAUGAGAAAUUAGACAGUUCAGAUGAAGUUGAACUAGACUUCGUUAAAAAGGACAUUGAGAACCGAGAAUAUGUUUGACAGAAACUUCAAAACUGGAGAAGGAUGUAAACUGUUAAAGUCCCAAGGAGAAGAUUCAAGCAUAGUCAGUUUUCCAGUGUUUUUGAAAGUGCUGUCUCGAAACCGCAGCGUACUGCUGCAUUGUUAGCAUCUAUGAGGUGGUUUGUGCCAAUUUCUUGUAAUGGAAAACGACAAUCAGGCCUAUUUUGAAUGUCCAAAGGGGAGACUUUCCUUGUGAUGAAAUACAGAGAUUUCCAAAGCUGGACUUUUCUUUUAGGACCUUUUUAAUUCAAACAAGUUUUACUCUACUGGGAGGAACUGAGGUUUUGUGGUAGAUAAAGUAUCAUAACUGCUUUUCUGAUUAUAUGUGAAACUGCCAUGUUCCCCAAAUGGGAUUUAAAGAUUUAACUAAGUCAUGUAGUUGGAUAGUACAGUCUUAGUUAAAUGAAAGAAAUUGGUGCAAAGACUUUAUAAAUUAAAUUUUAAAGUGCUGCUCAGAGUUUCACCAAAGUGUGUUUGUUCAUAUUGAAACAUGAUGGCUUUUACUGACCAUGUGUAGAGAUUGUACUCUUAGCUACGAGUGCCUUUAUUAUUAUAAUGCCUUAGAAAUAAUUGCAGUGUAGCAUUAGUCUGUUUUCUUUAUUUGGGUGUCAGGGCUGCAAGUCUUGUUUGACUUGAUAUCGGUCCAAUUUAGCAGAAUCGCAGUAAUAAGCUUUUUGAUUGCUUUUAAAAAGAGCCAAUAAAAUGGCAAAAUGAUGGUAAGAGAGAACCAGGAUGGGGUUACACUAGCUGUUUGUAAAUCCAUUACUAAGUUUGUGUGUUAAGUUUGUAAUACCUAGUUUCAAACUACGAAGCUAGUAAAGAUUUUAGUAAUGUGUAAAUCAGUUGUUUGGGAAAAUCUGUAGUGUCAAAGCCAGUCUACGGUGUAAACUGGAAGUCAAAAGCUGUAACAUAACUUCCCGAAAGUAACAGUUUUAUGGCGGCAAGUGAUAUAUUUAACUUCCUGUCCUUUGUAAUUACAGGCAUUAGUUUGUUUUAUUUAUGAAUUUGAACUUGAAGAAAUACAUGGGAUUCAGAGUUAGUAGUAUUUAUGCAGUUUAGGAUGAGAAAUGUGAUUAUGCUGACCUAACCAGUGUCAGUGUGAGAUUUGUCAACCAUAUUUCAUAUUAUCUCUAAAUCUUCUCACUCUAAACUGGACAUGUGUUAGCAAGCUAGCAUUAACUUUGUCAGCUGAUUUCCUUCGCUAGGUAAGAUUACACCUGGCAGUUACUAGGUGUAAAUAUUUACUAGCAAGUAAGGACUACAUGAGAAAUAGUUUUUGUGGAGCGGCCUGUUUUAAUUUGUUGAUGGGUAAAUCUUUUUUAAAGUUUAAACUUACGAAAAGCUGGUGCAACCGGCUCCAUGCGAAUACAGCAGGGGGAAGACACAAACAUUUAAAAAAAAAAAAACUUUUAUUUGAAUCGUGUCUUCAGAUUAGAUGUUGUAAUGUUUUACAUGAUAAAAUAUUCUCUUAUUAGACGGGUUAAAUAACAAACGACUGUAAAAACCAGCCAGCCAUUUGUGAUUCCCUUUUAAUAAGACAUUAAUAUAUUGAAGACUGUUAUUUCAAAGUCAGUGUAUGAUAUGUAGUCUGUACUGUAGAUUAUGUCAGCCUUCUGUUCAUUCGCUGAUACCUUUUUACGUGCAAUAUAUUGUAGAACCCCAUGUGUGAUGAAUGUAAAUGUAAAAUUGUUAAUAAAAGGUCAGAAAUA